AUGUCUUUGGCAGACGCAAAGGAUGGUGGGCUGCCAGUCAAUACUGACAGGCCCAAAACCUAUAUCAGUCCAUCACAGCGCAAACUUUAUGACCCUAAUGUCACGUUCGAGGAAUACAUACACUAUGCCAAUCGCACCAGGGAGGAAGAGAAAACCCAGCAAAACAUUGCUGAUGGAGGGAUCAUUCAGCAAGUAUUCAGGAGGAAGUCAUCUGUCACCACGCAAGGGGUGCCAGUCGACAAUGGUGUCGCUACUACUGCUGCGGAAAAGGAUGCUCCCGAAAAAUCUGCGGCGCCUGGGGAGAACGGGCAUGGCAGCCAGGAGUCUGCCCCCCAGUCUCGCCGCAGAAGCCUUUUGUCCAGACACUCGGUGAUCACGGAAGAAGAAUGGCGAAAUGCGUCCCGGGCGCUGAGGACUGCCAGUUGGGGAGCCGGCUUCUACCUCAUCACCACAGAUAUCCUGGGCCCUUAUGGUGUGGGAUUUGCUCUGGGGACCCUCGGUUGGGGACCGGGAGUGGCUCUCUACACGGUCUUUGCCUUCAUGGCCGGAUACUCUGGCUAUCUUCUCUGGCAAGUCUAUCUCGGCCUCGAUUCGUACGAAUAUCCUCUCCGGAACUACGGCGAUCUGGCCUACCGCACCAUGGGCACGACCGCCCGCUACGUGGUCAACAUUCUCCAAUCGAUCCAGUUGCUCCUCAUCACAGGCCAGGUCAUCAUCCAAAAUGGCCAGGGCAUCUCGCAGACGUCCAAGUUCCGGCUCUGCUACGUCGUCUGCGUCGUCCUGUUCGUCAUCGCGGGCUUCUUCAUGGGCCAGGUGCGCACGCUGCGAAACUUUGGCGUCUUCUCCAUGGUCGCCGUCGGCCUCAACUUGCUGGUCAUUUUCAUCUCCAUGGGCGUUAUGGCGCACUCGCCGCCGAACUAUGCGAUCAGCGUCCUGGGUUCCGCUGGCUCAGCCGUCAAUCCCGCUUCCAUCACACCGGACAAGAACGGCGUCUACCCGCCCAUCAUCCACUACGGGGGCAUGCCAGACUCGGGCAACUUCGUCGGCGCGAUCAACGGCCUGAUGAGUGGUGUUUUUGCGUACGGCGGGGCGCAACUCUUUGUUGAAAUCAUGGCCGAGAUGCGUCGCCCUUGGGACUUUAUCAAAGCGAUGUGGACGGCGCAGUUCUUCAUCUAUGCCGUCUACCUCAUCUACGGGUGCUACGUGUAUCAUUACCAGGGCCAGUAUAGUUUCACGAUCGCCUAUAUGGGUCUGUCUCCGUAUGGGUUCCAGGCCGCAUGCGACAUGUUAGUCGUGGUGUCAGGCUUGAUUGCGGCGGGAUUGUACGGCAAUAUCGGAAUCAAGGUGCUCUACAAUCAAGUGCUGCAAGAGUUGUUCAAUGCGCCACCCUUGACGACCAAGCCGGGGAAAUACCUCUUCAGUGCGAUUGUUCCAGUGUACUGGUCCGUGGCAUUUAUUGUCGCGGCUGCCAUUCCGGAUUACUUCGGCUUUGUUUCCGUCAUUGCAGCGUUCUGUAUAGUGCAGUUCAGCUACUCCUUCCCACCCAUCAUCCACCUCGCGUACACCAUGCAAAGGAACUCGAUGAGGCCUGGCGAAGGAUUCAACGAACAAACUGGUUACACCGCUCGGAGUGAUCGUGGUAUAACGAGGUUGGUGAAGGGAUUCUUCGCGGAUAGAUGGUACAUCAAUGUGUGGCACGUUAUUCAUGCUGGCGGUGCGUUGGCGACGGCUGGAUUGGGUGCGUACGCGGCCAUUGAGGGCAUGAUUGAGGCGUUCAAGAAUCCUCAGGUCAAUUCUUUCACAUGUACGAGUCCGCUGGACUUGUCGGCCGCUUGA